AGGCAGUAAGCGGAAGUGUCCGUCUUGUAAUGUGUUCCGUGUAAAGAUGGAGUGUGUGAAUAAAGCGGGUCAGAUGAUGAGUCUGGCGGCUCUGCAGCAGUAUGAUCCCUAUAUAAUGAAACUGCUGGAUGUUACCGGACAGGUCGCGCUUUACACCUUCAACUCUAAAGCGAAUGAAUGGGAGAAGACCGAGAUUGAAGGCACACUGUUUGUUUAUGCCAGGUCGGCAUCCCCCCAUCAUGGCUUUACAAUCAUGAAUCGGUUAAGUACUGAAAAUUUAGUUGAGCCGAUCAAUAAAGACCUGGAAUUUCAGCUCCAGGACCCGUUUCUGCUGUACCGCAAUGGAAACUUGGGUAUUUACAGUAUCUGGUUUUAUGAUAAGACGGACUGUCAACGGAUUGCCCAGCUCAUGCUGCAGAUUGUAAAGAAGGAGGCGCUGCGAGCGCAGCAGCAGCAGCAGCAGGUGUCUCCGGACAACAGGACGAACGGUUGUGUUCAGAGCAGACCUACAGAUAUACUGGAGCUGCUGAGCAAAGCCAAAGAAGAAUAUCAGAGGGUAUCGCAUCAAAGACACGCAUCGUCAAUAAAUCAUCCUUGCAUUAGUCAGUGGAUGGAAAGAGAUGAUGCUCAGAGUCAGGAGAAGAGAGAGGACGUCACAGAGCGACAGGAGAUGUGUGGUCACUCAGUAGUGAAGCAGAUCACCGUAGAGGAACUUUUCGGAAGCUCUUUGCCCAAAGAAACGCCCUCUAAUCCAACCCCGUCAGAAAGCACACGCGCUCUGACGUUCACCCCUCGCCUCUCUGCUGACCCGGGAGGCACGACGCUGGUCUCUCUGCUCCAGGGGGCCAGCACCAGGGACCCCCAACACCCCAUCACCCCCAAAGCAACUGCAUUGAACGCGGAGGGGUCCUGCGGUCUGGUCCUGCGUCCGCUCCCUCCUGCGCUUCUGAAUCCGCUCACGGAUCGGGACGAGAUGCCCAGCUCGUUAGUCACCCCUCAGUCUUUCAUAGACUUGGGCUGCAAACUUUCACCGUCCUUCACAGGAAAGAGCGCAGCUCCUACGCAGAGUAAAGAGCUGACCACCCAAGCUCUGGUGAAACCCAUUCCUGCGGUGCCAGUCGUCCAGGGGGAGGAGUCUUCGCUGCUGCUGUCCCCCAGUGUGUUCCAGCAUUGCGUUGCCAAGACAACAGAUCCCCCCAGAAUCCCUCCAUCCCCCCCGUCGCCCACCACCUCCUUAACGACGGCAGAUUUCCCCUCAGUACUGUGCAGUCGCGCUCAGCUGCAGGAGACGCUCGUGCAUCUGAUCAAGAACGACGCUCGUUUCCUCGCUGCAAUCCACGAGGCUUUCGUCCAAACCCUGACUAAAGGUGUCAACAACGUCAAGUUAUAGCCCCAAUCUCCCACUCGAGCCUCCUGUGAACUUUCAUCUCUGAUGCUUGACCCUUCGUGCUCUCUAUGAACAUCAGCCAAUUCUUGAGCUUUGCUUCAUCUCAAGAACAAAUAUUUUGUGCAUUACAAAACCAUUGUCUUCAUGGAGAAUUGCUUCUCAUGUUCGACUUUGGGAUCUCAUGUCAUAUGUCAUAGAUCUUAAUCCAGGGUCUAAACAUUUCUAGUGGUUUUUUUUUUUUUAGAUUGUUUGUUUUCUUACAAACAUAGCUCUUUUUUUUUUUUUGACGAGAUGAAUUGGUGAAGAACAGUUAUUUACUCUUUAUUAGCACCGGUGUGUACAGUAAUGCUUAUUGUGAGCAAAAUUAAAUAUUAAGUGCUUUAUUUAAAGAGACCAAUGUAAAGAAAUAACAGUAAAAGCGAUUACCAUGUAAACUACAGUAGGAACUCAUUAUGAAUUCUAACAGAAUUCUAGUCAACGGUGUAAAUAACAGCGUCAUUUCAAAUAUCUUGUGCUACAGUAUAGUUUGUCAGACACUAUUUCAUUACUACAACUGAAGAUCAAAUCGUUUUUUUCUAUGCUGCAAUACACAAGGCUUACGUACUCACUGUAUGUGUACUAAAAAAAGAAGAAAAAAAACUUGCAAAAUGAAUUGAACUCAUUUUUUGUAUCAAUUGGAAGAAUUUAAGGCUCAUAACAGUUAGCAUACGUUUAAAUUGCAGCCGGGUUUCAAUACUGCCCUAUUUUCAUUGCUGUGUCACUGUCGAGUCUUUGCAAGUGUUGGCACCCUGUUGUGUUUGCUCAGUAUUCAUUUUCUUUUUCUGUCCUAAAAGUGUUUUGCUGUCAGACCUGGUAGGAUGGUCCUAAAAGCACCUUGUUACUCACACACCUGUCAGACACCGGGAGGACCUAUAAUUAGGUCAUUUCUGCAAAUUAAAUCUUUGUCAUAGUUUUUGCACAUAGUGCGUGCAAACUGAUUUGUAAGUAGGUGUAAAAGACUCAAAUAAAAACAAAAAAUUCACUUUGAGCAGAAAAUGUGACAUGUAGUGAUUGCCCUUGAUUGCUGUUUGCAGCUUUAUUUUCAUUUUCAUUUUCAAUGUUUAAUCAAUAUUUUAUGCAAUAAGAACACAUGAUCCUAUGAUUGUACAAUGUACUAAUAUUCAUUAAAUAGACAUGAAAUCCAAAACUGAGUUCAGAUUUAUUUAUACAAACGUAUUAUGGCAAGAACACAUUCAAAUAAAAUCUACAUUUGCAUUAUAAACAGCCACUUGAGGCCAUCAUUAUGAGGCAGUGCCUCCACCAGUGGUGGCCAAAAGUGAUCAAAUACUCGCUUUAAACACUCUCAGGUUAAAGCAUACAGUAGGUGUAUUGUGUAAAAUAGUGAAAACACUUAAUCUUUAAGGUGUUUAUUUGAUGCUUUAUUGAUGGGCGUGUUCUUUCUCAUGCUGGCUGGUUGAUGCGUGGGCAUGCUUUUCCGGGACAAUUAUCCAAUAAGGGACUAAGAACCCUUGUAACGAAACGGGAAAACAUGUUUCGAAAAAAACUUUCUGAAACCUGGCGGUAGCUCAGACGGGAGUCCCGCCCAUGGACUGUUGGCUAAACGUCUGAUGCAUUAGGCACAAUUUUCUGGAAACACUUUAGCACGUUCGAAGUCGUCAUCUGAUUGGUUGAAUUUCACAGGAUUUCCGGGAGACAUGCGUGUCGCGUUCUUUAACGGUCUGCCUGGAAACAACAGGAAGCCAUCUGAUCUAAAAAGUACGCUGUCAUGUUUACAACGGUUGCUAUAAGAAUUCAUCACGAUCGACUAAACGCUUGAUUCUUAAAAGUAUGCGAGGUUCACAGUAGGGCUGGGCGAUAUGGCAAAAAAGUAAACUCGAUAGUUUUUUUCUAUAUUGAUCGAUAACGAUAUAUAUUUAAUUAAAAACUGUAUUUAAAAGAAUCUAUUUUAAAUACAGUUUAUUAACAAAAGUUAACCUUUAACCAGUUAAAAUUCAAUUAAAUUAAUGCACUGUUGCAACACAGAGGCUAUUAGGCCAUAAACAACAUGUACCAGUUCAUUCAGUCUCAUUUUGACUCAAUUGACUCGUUAAGUAAAGGGAGUGUUCAUUCAGUACAUUCAACCAAUGAAAGGGCUCCGUUACUGUGUACAUUCGAACGCUAUUGGCUCAGCACCUGCGCACAUACAUAACGCUGCAAUAACGUCUUGCUCGAGUAGUGGGAUUCAUUCAAUGCAUUCAGUGAACCUUAGUCUUUCAAAAAGACAUCUCACAUAAACUAGUACAUUUCUUUAAUCAUGCAAGCAUCUUACACACAAGGUUCAAUAUUUUAAUGUGCACACAAACUCACUUCAUUACAUCUCUGAUCUGUACAGG